CAUUAUGGUUAAAGCUUUCACAUGCAAGUUAACUUGCAAAAGGACUAAUAUCCUACUGGACAACUUUCAUCCUUUUAAAACUUGCUGAAUGAACAUAGAUUUAAAAAUAAAACACAGCACAAAUUUAGUUAAGUUUAGAUUAGUUUGGAGAUACAGCAUGGAAACAGGCCCUUCGUUCCCCCGUGUCCGCUCCAACCAGUGAUCCCCACACACCAACACUGCCCCACACACACGAGGGACAUUUUUUACAUUUAAACAAAGCCAAUUAACCUACAAACGUGUUUGUCUUUGGAAUGUUUUUUCUUGCCAAAAAAGGGUAAUCAGGUCAACGUUUUUGGUGAACACGCCAUGAUAUUUUAUUUUGAAAUGUUGCAAAGAAAGUCAGACUGCUCUAAUUGGACAGAAACCAGUUUACCUGGAGCUCACUACCUGUUAAAAAGGUAACACUGGGUGUGGCCUAUGCAUAUAAUCUGGAGUACACCAGGAAGUCAAUCAAUUCCACGAUGUUUACAUCCUGAAGAAAUGCUUCUCCUCACUUACAUCUGAUGGGAAAUCGAUUGAAGUUUCAAUGAUCGGCUGAGAACAUGGACAAUCCCACUGGAUGCAAAGAAAAACUUAACAGUUCUACUUGGGAUUCAUUUAAGCUCCAUAAAGUCCGGGAUGAAGAGGAAAGUCAAACGACGUUGAUGGGAGUAGUGAAGUUCCUUUGCUGGUUGAUCAUUGGAAUCCUCGUUCUGGGUCUUGCCUUCCUCAGCAGGGCUUCUCUUUUGCUGCUAAUUUCGGCCACAGGCGAUGGUUCUGUCCAGUUUGUCAACAAGCCCUUCAGUCACCUAAUCCUUGGCUGCGUUUUGAUCAUUCCCAGCAUCUUGACCGCCGCAAAAUGCCUGUGGAAACACUCACUCCGUCCCGUACCAAUGCUCUCCGCAAGCAGCCUGAUAACGGUGUGCCUGCUGGAAGCAGUUGCAUCCUUUGGAACGGCAUCGCUGGUUGUCAUCUACCUUCCCCAAUAUGACAUCCUCACAAUGGUGUUCAUUUCCAACAGUAUUUGUCUCAUCCCAUCCAUACUACAAGUGAUCUCUCUAAACAUCAGCCAUCGCUUCAAAGUUGCAGCCCCUCUGGCCGGGCUUCUCCUUCUCUUGGGCGGCUAUAGUCUCUUUCUCUUUGUCCAGAUGUUUUAUCUGAAGAGACACGAUGGGAUGUCCUUGGGCCUUGUCAUUUUAUUCUCAGUUUUAACUUCCCUAACCUGGUGGGAGAACUUCAUCUCCAACUGGAAGCAUCCAGUAUUUAGACGUCUGAGAUCUGACGUGGAUAAAUGCAGGAACGUGAUGAGCCUGUGCAUAAGUGUAGUGAGAACUCUUGUUACUGCCUGUGUUGUGGGAGCUUUGAUUCCUCUUCGGGGGCUGGAGUGGUCAACUAUCACUGACGUUGCAUCCCAUGAACUCAGAAUAAUCCUGGGCCUUCUGGGGGUGCAGGCAGGGGCAUCGGUCUUGUGUUCCUGGUUUGGGGGCGUUGCAUGUAAGAUCCACGCAGUGAAGCGAAGCUUUGGUCUCCCUUUGAUCCUCAAUACUCCCGUGGUGCUGGCUGCUUUCCUGGCAGUGUUUAGUGUUCAUUACAAUGAGUUUCUGCAGGCAAACAACGGUUUGAAUCUCUCAGAUUUCUGUGCCAGUUCCAUUGGUGUUGCAGAUAAUACACCUCGUGUGGAGGUCCUGUAUUCAGAAAUCAUUCGCAGCAUCUGCAACCAGGGAGAUAUAGUCAAUGUGCUCAGUGUGAGUUUAGUGGGAGCUGCUGGGGUAUGCUGGUGGGUUGGACUCAUCCUCACAACAAUCUACGUGUGGACCCAGAACGUCAACAGAAUACAGCGGACGUCAGAGAUCUUUGUUCGGAGAAUGUACGAAGCUGCCUUCUUGGAACAAUCCAUGCUGCUGAACACAAGGCUUCACAUCAUUCCACAGUGCACAGAGAAGAGCGAUCCAAGGAAAAGUAGAAGAGAAAAUCUGUCGAUUUACGUGUGUGCUACCUUGUGGCAUGAAACAGAGGAAGAAAUGCUACGUUUAAUAUCUUCAGUGUUCAGGCUGGACAGAUUCAGGGAAAAGCGCUGGAAGACUUCGGAUAAAAGUGAUGACAGCUUUGGCUUUGAAGUCCACGUCAUGUUUGACGACGCCUUCAAGAAUGUUACAGACAGGGAGGCGGGCACCAAGAAGAGAGUUAUCAAUGAAUAUGUUGAGUCGCUUAUCAGUGCCAUCGAUGAAACUUACAGAAUAUUUCAGACAUAUACUUCCAGCGACUCCUUGUGUGAAGAUGAAAGUUGUGCUUCAGAAAAGAAAGUGAUGUCCACUCCCUAUGGAGGACGACUUUGCUACACCUUACCUUGUGGAAAUAAUCUACACAUCCACCUGAAAGACACGCAGUUUGUCCAAAACCGGAAAAGAUGGUCACAGGUGAUGUGCAUGUACUAUCUGCUGGGCUGGAGACUGUACAGGAAGCAUUUUGUCUGCCAACAGCUGCACCCAGAGGAUGUAACUAAAAUCCAUGCAAGGCUGGAGACUGAGAAAAAGAACACGUACAUUCUGACUCUGGAUGGAGACACAGAAUUCCAGCCAUCUGCCGUGACUCUACUGAUCGACAGACUGAGGAGAUACCCUGGAGUUGGAGCAGCUUGUGGACGGAUACACCCAACGGGGUUUGGUCCAAUGGUGUGGUACCAGAAGUUUGAAUAUGCCGUCAGCCACUGGCUCCAGAAGACAGCUGAACAUGUGCUGGGCAGUGUGCUGUGCAGUCCAGGUUGUUUCAGCUUGUUCAGAGCCACAGCCCUAAUGGAUGAAAAUGUUGUGAAAAAGUUUGCCAUGAAGCCCACAAAUGCAAUGGAGCAUCUACAGUUUGAUCAAGGUGAAGACCGCUGGCUUUCCCUCCUGCUGCUGCAGCAAGGCUGGAGAAUCGAAUACUGUGCAGGAUCCGACUCCUACACCAAUGCCCCUCGGGAUUUCAAGGAAUUCUUCAACCAACGGCGACGUUGGGAUCCAUCAAAAAUAGCCAAUGCCAUUGAGUUGUUGGGUAAUGGAUUUGAAGCUUCAAGGAAAAACCCAUCCAUUUCAAAACCAUUUCUCCUCUACCAGAUCUUAUACUUGAUGGCAACGCUAGUGGGGCCAUCUACCGUCUGUUUUCUGAUUGCAGCUGCUCUGUCGUUCUUCACUGGGUGGAAUUACAACUGGUGCCUGAUAGUUUCAGUAAUCCCUCCAAUAAUUCAUCUCAUUAUCUGCUUCCUGGCAACACCCGACACUCAGAUCACAGUGACAGCUGCCUUUACUGUCCUUUAUACCUUGGCGAUGAUUGGUGGAGUUUGUACUGCUUUUAGUGAGUAUUUCUUUUGGACUAUAUGUGUGCACAUGGUUUUCAUUUUCAUGAUGUUCAUCAGACGGCAGAUAAGCAACUUAACACUUAUAGGCGAGAGGGGAGGUGGAAAUGGAGGGAGAAGUUAACACAGAAGAAUUUUACAUAGUUUAGUUUAGAGAUACAGCACGGAAACAGGCCCUUUGUCCCACCGAGUCCGACCAGCGAUCCCCGCACAUUAACACUAUCAUACACACACUGGAGACAAUUUUACUUCUAUAACCAAGCCAAUUAAUCUCAAAACUUGCACGCCUUUGGAGUGUGGGAGGAUAUCAAAGACGUCGGAGAAAACCCACGCAGGUCAUGGGGAGAAUGUACAAACUCCGUAUAGACAACACCUGUAGUCAGGAUUGAACCCGGGUCUCUGGCACUGUAAGGCAGUAGUUGUACCUCUGCGCCACCGUCCCGCCCUUAGCUUUUGCCUUUAGUCCGCAGCUUCACCUGCAUUCCAAGAUGUGGCUUAUCUCAUUGCAAUUUUUCGGCAACUGCUGGCAUCAUUGACUGAUGUAUCAGGUCACCGAAAAAGUCACGGCAUGAUGCUGCGUGACGCGGUGUGACACGGCGUAAUGACAUAUUGACACGUGGUGUUUCCUCUAGUGUCGCAACAUUUUUUUGUCGCCGCUGGAUUUUGAAAUGUUUAAAAUCAAUGACGCCGGCAGUCGUCGAAAAAAAUCCCCAAGUGGGAGACGCCCUUUAGUAAAUACUUUACCAAUGAUGGUGAUGCCAUAUAUCUACACAUUUAUACUCAAUUUGCAUGUGUGGAGCUGAAGAUAUUCAGAAUGGGUCAGCGAUGGAACUGAGCACAUACUGUUAACCCCAAUAAAGCACUGGUAGCAGGAGGAAUUGUUUCAUAGCAUUGUAUAGGAUAGUUUGUUCAUAAUGUCAUAAGCGAUAGGAGCAGAAUUAGGCCAUUCGGCCCAUCAGGUCUACUCCGCCAUUCAAUCAUGGCCGAUCUUCCUCUCCUAACCCCAUUCUCCUGCCUUAUCCUCAUAACCCGAGACACCCGUACUGAUCAAAAAUCUAUCUAUCUCUGCCUUAAAAAUAUCCAUUGACUUGGCCUUCACUGCUUUCUGUGGCAAGAAUGUUACCAAUACUUCUCACCCAAAGGUAAAAUUGCCUAAUGAUCCAUAGGUGAAUCUGUAGAGAGUAUUACUGGAAAACUGCCUGAUGCAUUAUUAUUUCAAAUUCUCAGUCAUUCGAUAAAAUUAUCGCUUUCCGCAGAAGCCGAUUGUAUUUUAUUAGAAGAGUGUAAAUAACGUACAUAAAAUAAGUGUGUUGUGUUGGGCUAGAGUAAAGAUUACAUCUCAUAAAGGGCUGGUCCCUAAAGUAAAGGGAUGUAGAGGCAUCUAAUGUGGUGAACAAAUGGUUUCUUUAUUCAGGCAUUGUAGGUUAUGUAUACAAGCACGUUUGGUACUCUAACACAAACGUAAUUGUCACUGCUACAAGGCACGUCUGUCGACUCGAGCUCUCGAGCUCGAUUUCUGCUGAUGUGGCGGGACACUCAUGUGAAGAGAGAGGUUCAUUAUAUAUACACUAGGGCACACCCCUAUACCUCGUGACAACUCUUUCCUGCCAUUACCCAGUCACCUGACCUUACCCCCAGACCGCCGAGUGUUCACACCUAACCACCAGGUGGCACCACAGGGUGUUGUAUUGUGAACAUACAGUCAUUUGUCAUAACACCAUCUCUUUUAUUUUUUAGGCGUAAUAAUCUUUGAAGGAACAAUCAUAUCACCAAUUGGUAUUUUCAUUACUGCCCUUGUACUCCUUUACUUCAUCACUGCGCUGUUGCACCCAACUGAAAUGCCUCUAGUUCUGUAUGGACUGCUCUAUCUCCUUUGCAUUCCCACUGCCUCCAUGCUGCAACCAAUUUACUCCCUGGCAAACCUGCACGUCACAUCUUGGGGAACGAGAGAGACCAGGGCAAAGGAGCAAAAUGGAAGCGCACCCAAGGAUCGCCACCUGAAAUACAAAAUAGGUCGCUGGUACCUUGAAUGGGUAAUUCAUGGUCGGAAAGCUCAGCAUCCCACUAAAGAGACGCUUGAAAG